AAAAGUUCACCUUCGCGUUCGUCCGACUCUCCCUCGUUCUCACCCACUGCGACAAGCGCCAGACGAUUGAUAUCUUCAACCUCGAUAUCCUUUGCAAGAUCAAUCGCCCACCAUGGCCCCCUCUCAGCUCCCCCCGUCUUUCAACCCUACGUCCCAGGACAUUGAGAUGCUGCUCGCAGCUCAGUGCCACCUGGGAUCCAAGAACCUCCAGGUUCACAUGGAGCCUUACCUCUGGAAGACUCGCCCCGAUGGUGUCAACGUUCUGAACAUUGGCAAGACCUGGGAGAAGAUCCUCCUCGCUGCCCGUAUCAUCGCCGCCAUCGACAACCCCGCCGAUGUCUGUGUGAUCUCCGCUCGUCCCUACGGCCAGCGUGCGGUCCUGAAGUUCGCCUCGCACACCGGUGCCACUGCCAUUGCUGGCCGUUUCACCCCCGGUAACUUCACCAACUACAUCACCCGCUCCUUCAAGGAGCCCCGCCUCAUCAUCGUCACCGACCCCCGUACCGAUGCCCAGGCUAUCCGUGAGGCCAGCUACGUCAACAUCCCCGUCAUCGCUCUCUGCGACAGCGACUCCCCCACCGACUUCGUCGACGUUGCCAUCCCCACCAACAACAAGGGUCGUCACUCCAUCGGUCUGGUCUGGUGGCUCCUCGCCCGUGAGGUCCUCCGUCUCCGUGGCACUCUUGCCUCCCGUGAGGCUGAGUGGGACGUUGUCGUCGAUCUCUACUUCUACCGUGACCCCGAGGCCGAGGAGACCAAGGAGAUCGCUGACGAGACCAAGGUCGCCAACGCUGAGGAGGUUGGCCCCGCUGCCAUCGAGUCUGGCUUCGCCGGUGACAACUGGGACACCCAGGGUGCUGGCGCUGGUGCUCCUGGCACUGCUUUCGCUGCUGCUACCGCUGCUACCGGUGCCGCCAGCUGGGAGGCCGAGGGCGCUGACUGGGCUGCCAGCUCUGCCGCUCCCGCUGCCGAGAGCUGGGCCGAGACCCAGCCCGCUGAGGGCAAGUGGUAAAUCUUCAGAUAUGAUCAGGGCGACCAUUGAGAGGGGUCAUGGUUCUUUUCUUUCAAAAUGGCGAUCAGGGAGUCACGGUCUCAGAAAUCAUCUCUUGAUCCAGCAUGGCGGAUGCUGACAGUAUCCGACCAAGAAAGAGAACGAAGAAGAAAAUCCCUUGACAUGUCUAUCCUAGUUCUAAUCAAAAAGAAAAAAGAAAAAACGCGAAAAAAGAGCAAAAGAAACGAAGCUUUUCACCGGGACUUCCGCAACUUCAAACCCCCCUUUUCUCUUUUCCCUACCUUUUUUCCUUGGUAUGCCACAGUGAAGAUCCUUUUGUUUACUUCAGUCCGUUUUUACGCGUUGUUCAUGGUGCCAUCAGGGGGAAAUUGCAUUGCCAAAAAUCGACUGGCGCUUACGAGGGAAAGAUAUCCAGAUGUUCAUAUAAUCGAUGAGCUUCUGGGGGAAAGCCCUGUGCUGUUGAUUUCACAAGGUGGACUUAAGCGUUGCCUUGGUUUCUCCUUGUAUGUUUAUCAUAGCCGUAAUCGAAAGUGAUGCUAGCUACCAGGUGCAUGAUCUUUUGUAGCCCCAUAUUGUAGUGAUGUAGUUCCCUAGGAUUUCGUCCAGGUACCGUUGUAGAUAGUCCCUGGUAUCC